AUGAACUACUCGUUCCCCUUUGACGAGCCGUACUCGGUGCAGAUCCAGCUGAUGGACGCACUCUCGAAGGUCCUGGCCGUAACGCCGGCCACAGGACCUGCGAGCCUCGCCGUCCUCGAGUCGCCCACUGGGACGGGCAAGUCGCUCUCGCUCAUCUGCGCCACUCUCACCUGGCUCACAUCAUGUGGCAGGGACAUUGCCUCAAAGAGACUUGCCCUUGCUGCUGCUCGCGACAUGGCUCGUACCCUUGCUUCGGCUGCCCGCGAGACAAAGGUCCCGCUGCCCAAGCCCGCUCCUCGCCUCCCGGCAUGGGUCUCCCAGCACGCCGCCACCGCCGAGGCCGAUGACGCCGCUACCACCCGCGCCGAGAUGGACGCAGAAGACAAGGCCCUCCGCCGCAUUCUCGCCUCGGCAACUUCUCGUCUCGCCACUGGAUCCGCCGCCACUGACGCGCUCGACGGCAUGGCCCGUGCCCGCGCCCGUGCACGGGCCCGACUCCUUAACCAGGCUGGGCCAUCGGCAACGCCACUCGCAACCGAUCCGAACCCACCGGCUAUGUCUGCCUUUGAAGCCGAGAUUGAGGCCAAGUUUGGCAGCUCAGCCCCUAUGCCGCCGCCCGAACUCGACGAUUCUGGUGCUGCUCCUGACGACGCCUUUAUUGUCGAUCUCGUCCCUGACGGGCUUCCUGCGCUGAUGCUGGAGCUUGAUGCACUUAAUGACGAUGAGAACCGCACUACCUCGCGCCGUGCCCGGCACGAGGCCUCCACCCUCGGCGGCGUGCCGUUGCCGAACCUGGCCCAGGCAACCAAGGUGUACUACUGCUCGCGGACCCACUCGCAGAUCGCGCAGUUUGUCGAUGAGAUCCGCGGCACUGCCUUUGCCGAUGCAGGCCUCCGCGUCAUCACCCUUGGCUCACGGAAGCAACUCUGCAUCAAUCCCAAGAUCAACAAGCCAUCGUCGUCUGUCGCCUCCAUCAACGAUGCCUGUCGUGACGCUCGGUCCAAGACCAAGGCCCCGCGAUCCAAGCGCAAGCGCGAAUCGUCUGCUUGCGGCUGCCCGUUCUACGAGCCGAUGGCUACCGCCGCUGCGCCACAGCCGUCGUACCCGGUCUAUGCCCUCACCGAGAUCCGCACUCUCGACGAGCUCGCCCGCCUCGGCACCUCGCUCUCGUCGUGCCCGUACUUUGGCACCCGCCGCGCGGUCGCCGGUGCCGACCUUGUCGCCCUCCCCUACACCAUGCUCGUCCACGAGGGCACUCGCGCAGCGCUGGGCAUUGAUCUCACGGGCGCGGUCAUUGUCGUUGAUGAGGCCCACAACCUCGUCGAUGCCAUCAACGCCGUCCAUUCGGUCACCGUCACCGCCGCCGCCGUCUCCCGCGCCCGCGCGCAGCUCAACGCCUACUUUGAACGUUACCGAUCUCGGCUCUCGGCCUACAACCGUGACUCGCUUCUCACCAUCCUCAACGUCGUCUCGUCGUUCUCCGCCUACUUUGCAUCGCUCCCGCCCUCGGCCUCCCAGCCGGGUACCAAGGCUGUGCUCCCCGUGAACGAGUUUCUCCAUUCGGCCACUCUUGGCAUUGACCACUUUAACCCGUUUGACAUGCGCAAGUACCUCGACGCAUCGCAGCUGCUCAACAAGCUGCUUGGCUUUGCUGCUGCCGCCGCUGCAGAGGCCCAGGCUCCCGGUGACGACGAUGGCGGCGGUGAAGAUGCACAAGCCCGACCACCGCCGCCGGCCGACUCUCCACUCCGCAACAUCAUUGCCUUCCUCGAGGCCGUCAACCACCCACUCGCCGCUGAGCACGGCCGUAUCCUCCUCGCCGCACAUCCCGAGACCGGUACGCUCUCGGUCAAGCAUCUUGUCCUCAACCCAUCCGUCUACUUUGCCCCGCUAGUGGCUGACGCACAUGCCGUCGUCCUUGCCGGCGGCACGCUGCAGCCGGUCGACGAGCUCUUGAUCCAGCUCCUGGGUCCGCAGCGUGCUAGCGAGGUGGCGGUGACGCAAGCGCCAGCAUCGCCGGUGCCGGGCGGCGUCUCGCUCUUUUCAUGCGAUCAUGUCGUCGAUCCGUCGUCGCUUCUCACUCUUGUCGUCGGCGUCUCGCCGCUCGAUCCAAGCACCCGCUUUCGGUUUACCUACUCGAGACGCGAUGCACUCAUCCCUCACGCUGUCCGCGCGCUCGCCAACUUUGCCAAUGUCUCACCAGGUGGUAUGGUUGUCUUUUCCCGUCAGCCGGUCCUCUCCCACCGCAAGCCCGUCUUCCGCGAGACCGCCCGCGGCUCGGGCGCCGAAGUCCUAGCCCGCUAUGCACAGACAGUCGCAGCUAAUCCACGUCGUGGUGCCCUGCUCUCUUGCGUCAUCGGCGGCAAGAUGUCCGAGGGCAUCAACUUCUCCGACGACCUGGGUCGCCUCAUCGUCGUCGUCGGCGUCCCCUAUCCGCCGCCCAACGAUCCCGAGCUCAACGCCCGCCUCGACUUUGUCGCGAGCGCCAAGGCGGCGGCGGGUAAUGCUCCAGCCCCGGGCACCAAUCGCGCCCGCAUCUCGGGCAUGGCAACCAUGUGCAUGAAGGGUGUGAACCAGAGCAUCGGCCGCGCCAUCCGCCACAAGAACGACUACGCCUCCAUCGUCCUCCUCGACGAGCGCUACGCUCUCGACGCAACUCUCUUUUCACUCCUACCUGCCUGGAUCAUGCGCAACUCGGCCGCCGCCGUCGCCUCGCCGCCGUCGUCGUCCUCGCUCUCGCACGCUACCUCGUUUGGAGCAUCCAUCCGCUCGCUCGUUCUUUUCUGGAAAGCCAUCCGGCAGCGCAAUGAGAUCAGCGCCGGCCCCAGCGUAAGUGGCGCCGCCAACCCGUAGUCCUUCUUUACUCGAGAGCAAAGCAACCUGACGAGCGU